AUGGCUCACGGAGAGGAUUCGGCUUUGCUUGCUGCGAAGGCAGCUUCUCGCCGAGACCACCAGCAACACAUGCAGAACGUAAACGCAUCAGCUCAAGGGCCCUCACAUGACCUCAUCGACCUCACCUGCGAUUCGGGAGAUGAGUCAGAUGUUCAGGUGAUAUAUCCAAAGUCGAAGUCUAUUGUGAGCUCAGAGACUGAAACCGAAGGCUAUGACGAUCAUGAGUUGCAACGCGCUCUUGACAUGUCAAUGGAAACCAGUUCUCACAACACAAUGUCAGAAGAAAAAACUACAGAAGAUGUGCAGCGUCUUGAAAAGUUGGAAAACCUUGUCACCCCGGGUGUCGAUCACACACUUCCCCCCCCUCCUACCAAUCAAGUUCUCCCUGGGUUGGACCGCAAGAAGAUGGAAGAGGAUCGUCUUGCGCGCAACGCUGCCAAGCGCAAGGCUCCAGACAGCGAGCUUGCCCCAGCUCAGACAGUUCGCAAAAUCUUGAAGACAGACUCUCAAACAGCGUCUGCAGCAAUCACAGGACUCGGAAAAGCUUCACCCUCACUGUCUGCAAAACGUCCUUUGACAAGUUCCUCCAAACCUACCCCUGACUCUGCUUCUAAUGCUCCCGCCGCAAAAGUCUGGCCCACAUCUGUCCCGGGUGUCCAGUGGCCCCUUGGUGCUGUAAAAAAAACACAUAUCGCCAGAUUUCCUCGAACCGGGGAUGAAAUAACUAUCGAGGAAGUCAUCCAGCGGGAUGACUUGCAGGUGGCCGUCUUUAGCUCCUUUCUAUGGGAUACGGAAUGGCUGUUCACCAAGCUUAAUACCUCAUCCACUCGAUUUGUUCUUACGAUGCAAGCCAAUGACCAAAAGACAAAAGAUGAGUACAUCCGCGAUACCGCCCCAAUGCCCAACCUCCGCCUAUGUUUCCCUCCCAUCGAGCCUCAGGUGUUCUGCAUGCACUCAAAGUUGAUGCUCUUUCUCCACCGUGACUAUCUUCGGAUCGCUGUUCCAACUGCCAACCUCACUCCCACUGACUGGGGUGAGGAUGGUCUCAUGGAAAAUACUGUCUUCCUUAUCGAUUUGCCGAAAAUUGAAACCAAAUCCCCACCAGCUGAAGCCCACACGAUCCCUUUCUAUGACGACCUGGUCUACUUUCUUAAGGCCACCACUUUGCACAUCAAUCUUAUCAAUAGACUGAAGGAGUUUGACUUCUGUGAGACCAAGCGCUAUGCCUUUGUCCACUCUGUUGGUGGUUCAAACACAGGAGAAAGCUGGCGACGCACUGGACACGCUGGUUUAGGUCGCGCUCUACAAAAGCUCGGCCUUACGAGUGACUCUCCCGUCAAUAUUGACUAUGUCACUUCAUCAAUGGGUAGUCUCAACGCUCAAUUUCUGCGGACUAUUUACAUGGCAUGCAAAGGCGACGAUGGUCUUUUCGAGUACAACCUUCGUACCGGCCCAAAGAAAGACGCCGAGCGGCAGCGUACCCUCGAUGAUCUUAGCCAAGCAGCUUUAAGCCACUUCCGCGUCUACUUUCCCUCAAAUAAGACCGCAUGGGACGCGCACACGAACCCCAACGAGACCGGAGGGACGAUCUGUUUCAACCCAAACUGGUGGCCUCUUCCAACCUUCCCUCGGGCUGUGCUUCGUGACUGCGAGAGUGAGCGUGGUGUUCUGAUGCAUAAUAAACUCGCUUUUGUUAGCCCCGCCAAGCCAAUUGACAUGGGGGGCAAUACUGAGUGCCGCGCGUGGGCAUAUGUGGGCAGUGCCAAUCUUUCCGAGAGUGCUUGGGGCCGUCUCGUCAAAGACACAACCACAAAGCAACUCAAGAUGAACUGCCGCAACUGGGAAUGCGGAGUCAUUGUCCCAAUACUCAACGAAAAGGAGAGAACAAACGGACAGGAGAACGAUGAGACCGCAUCAGUCUCUCUCCCUGCUAAACGCUUCGAGGGUACCGUCCCUGUCCCGAUGCGAGUACCUGCUGUCCCGCUGUCAAAGGAUCGCAAGCCUUUCUUCUUCGGCGUCGAUCCUUAG